AUGAGGGGCGGCCGCGUCACCAUCCCGGCCCGAUGUAGACCUAGGGGCGGGCCUAAGGGACCACCCAGGGAUAGGGCACGGGCGACCGUCUUGAUACCGCGGGCGUGGGAAAUGGGGGACAGUCUGCGUGUGAUCCGUCGAUCCUCACCCCUUCCCUUGCGUUUUCCAGGAGUGAAGCGUCGCGAGGGCGGGCAGAAGCGGAAGCUGGGGCGCAACCCCCGCGUCCCCUUUUCCUCGACGCAGCUGGCGGCACUCGAGGCACGCUUCAGGCAGUCCCAGUACUUGUCCUCGUGCGACGUGGCGGAACUCUCGUCGCUCCUCAACCUCACGGAGACAAGGAAUCUUCAAGAACCUUUGCGACAUUCCAAGCAGUUUAGGCUUUGUGGAACCAGGUCACUCUUGGAGAUCACUUUGCCUUCAUUAAACAAGUCUCCAUUCACAGAGGAGUCUAUACUCCAGACAAAUAAUGUAAAGUUUUGCAUUGAUUCUCCACCGUUGCAGGGAAACAGAACUCGCGUGACCUUCAAAGAACUUUUCUAA